GCUUUCACUUAAAGCUUUCCUGCUUCUUUCGGUCUCUUGCUUGGCGUCUCUCGCCGCGGCUAGUCCUGUAGAGCUUGCUCAGAUGGAAACCAGAGCAACAACAACGAUCUGCGCCGUGUCCGGUAUCAAGAAGGGUACCGAUGGAACCCACCAAGGAGAUGCCUGUACCUCUUGCAGCGCUAGCUGCACCAGGGUGUCGGGACAGCCUGACUGUUGUACUUAAAUAAGUUAGAAGUGUUGAGCUCAAAUAUGGAAAUAUUUGAAAAGGAAUUUGGGUUAUAAAUAAUUAAAUAUAGGAGUGGCUGGUAA